AUGGCUAGCACCCAACCUCCAUAUUACUCCUCCACCUUUGGCAAUCCAGAGCAGGAUGCCAAUUCAUCCACUCCCACAGGCACAACCGUUGGAAGCUCCACUGUCUACUCCCCUGAUGCAACAGGCGCAAAGGCAGCGCAUGGCUCCUCGACAGGGGCCCCCGGAGCCCCGGGAGUUCGGGACACUCGGUCACACUACGACCCGAACAGGACCGAAUACAACCCUGCGACCGGUUCGGGAUAUACCUCGAAAAACCAUGAUAAGCAAGAUUCCCGUGCUGAAUAUGCCCCAAGUACUACAAACAAGGAGUACGGCGCUGAAGAGGUUCCGGCCGAGGCCAAAUCGGCUCGGAAGGGGGAUGAAAUCGGCCGCGGAAUCAAAUCUACCGUGGCAGGGGUUCAUGGUGCGGGGGAGUCUCUCCGCGGGGCAUUGACAUCUGCAGUCGACAAGGCCUUUGGAUUUGACGAGAGCGCAGCUAAGAACCAAGGCAUUGCACGACGAGGAGAAGAGGAGAUCCGAUCCGGCAAUGUUUCACGUGGUUCUCAUUAA